UCGGUAUUAGCGUUAACACGGUAUCACGAUACGACCGGCUGUGUUUCGUCGGUCCUUGGACUCGGUCGGCGAGAAAUCACGACAGAAAGAACGAACAAUAUAACGAUAAACAUACAGCAAUAUCAAUCAUCUCGAGAUUGAAAAAUCAUAAAUAUGAAACGUCUCGUCGUGCUAAUUUGCAUAAUACUAAGUCUUCAGGAUUCCACGGCCUUACGAAUGGGAUCCAUGGAUUACGAAGGUAGAGAUAAAAGGGGAGAAAAAACUCGACAUAAAAAGAAACAGAAAAAGUGCGAUUGUUAUCGCGAAAGAAAAGAAUUAUUCCAUUGGCAACGAAGCGAAACUCUGAUCUCUUAUCAGACAUGUCCUUCUGGAUGAAGUCCGGACAAGAAAAUCUUCAAAGGAUCUUGGCACAUCGGGACAUCGAGAAUCGUGCCAAGAACGUGAUCGUAUUCAUCGGUGAUGGAAUGGGCAUUAGCACGAUAACAGCUGGCAGAAUUUUGACGGGACAGUCGAAGGGUCUCUCUGGUGAAGAGUACAAACUCGUUUUCGAAGAUUUCCCCAGUACUGGCUUUUCCAAGACAUACAAUGUUGAUAAGCAAGUACCAGAUUCAGCAGGCACGGCCACAGCGAUGUUUUCCGGCGUAAAGUGCCGAUAUCGUGUUAUCGGAUACGAUGCUAAGGCACGUUACAAUCAUUGCGAUAAAGCGAUCAAUCAAUUGAGUAAAUUAACCACGAUCGCCGAUUGGGCCCAAGAGAGUGGUAUGGACACAGGUUUCGUCACUACGACCCGCGUGACCCACGCGACUCCAGCGGGGCUCUAUGCUCACGUGAAUAAUCGUGAUUGGGAGUGCGAUUCGGAGAUACCAAAGGAGUAUCGAGAAUGUACAAAAGAUAUAGCUAGGCAGCUCGUCGAGGACGCACCAGGAAACGGUUUCAAGGUGAUAAUGGGCGGUGGAGCUCAACAUAUGGGUAUGACUAUGGAAAAGAUCGACAAAGGUACUUGUACCAGAAACGACGGUAGGAAUUUGGCCGAGACGUGGAUAAAAAAUAAUCCCGAUGGGAAAAUGGUGACCGACGUUGACGAACUAAUGUCCGUUGACAUUGGUAGUACCAGCAAAAUUAUGGGGAUUUUUGCACCUAGUCACUUGCCUUAUCGCGCUGAGAAGAAUAAAAACGUUCCGUCCUUGGCGAACAUGACGAUGCAGGCUAUCAGAUUGCUCAGAAAAAAUAAAAAUGGAUUCCUCCUGAUGGUCGAAGGUGGAAAGAUAGACAUAGCACAUCACCAAAACUAUGCAGAGCUGGCACUUCGCGAAUUAUCUGAACUUGAAGAAGCUGUGAACGUUGCCUUAAAACAGGUGAAACUGGACGAGACUUUGAUAAUCGUUACCGCCGAUCAUUCUCAUUCUUUUACGGUGAAUGGCUAUCCUGAUAGAGGCAACGACAUACUUGGAUUAGCAAGUAACAUGGCCAAUCCGGAUAACCAAAGAUACGAAACACUUACUUAUGCUAAUGGUCCAGGAUUUUUUUAUCAUCGUCGAAACGACAGUAAUAACGUCAAUGAGACCUGGAUAAACAUAGAAGAAAGCAGAGAUCGUGACGAUAUAUUUUAUAUGCACAUGGCUGCUCAAUAUCUGAAGGAUGAUACUCAUGGUGGUGAAGACGUUGGAGUUUACGCUAUUGGUCCCUACUCUCAUCUCUUCCGUAGUACAUUCGAACAAAACUACAUAGCUCAUGUGAUAGCUUAUGCGGCUUGUUUCAAAGACUGGCCAUCGCACUGUGAUAGUGCGUACAGUCGGUACUUUUACGAGUUGUCGAACACGAGGGGACGAUCAACGGCAGCGUCGAGUUUCGCUCCUACGUACACGAUAUUCACGAUACUUAUCUUGAUGUCAACUUUGAUGAGGCCUUGAUGAAGGAUCAUCCUCAUUCGUAGCACUCAGCACAGUAUAUUACAUUUUUCUUUGUCCAAAUCGUAUCAAUGAAUUACCAUAAUCAAAAUUUUAAGAAGCCUUGUACCACGAUUCUCUUUCUCUCUCUCUCUCUCUCUCUCUCUCUCUCUCUCUCUCUAUCUCUAAAUACGCACACAUAAUAUACAUAUAUAUUUAAUUAUUUAUUUCGCGAUAAACAUGCGAUAAACAUGUCAAGUAAAAGUUUUCCAAUUUAUCCAAUAUAUAAAUUAAAAACAUAUGUAUAUAUAUAUAUAUAUAUAUAUAUAUAUACAUAUACAUAUAUAUUUUUAAUUUAUGUUAAAAUUUUCAUUACAAGCUUCUUGAACUUUCCAAACGAACGGUACAUGAUAUCUUGAUAUUAUGAUACGGUUACAAAAGAUUGAAGAAAAAACAUUUUGUUUGUUUGAAUAUAAGAAAUAAUUUUGUCUUUUGUAUCUUUGACAUAAAUCCUUCUUCUUCGAUGAGAAAAGAAUGUCAGAUGAUCAUUAAUCGCAUGCUCGAAUACUGUUAUAUUGCUAGUAUACUCUAAUUAACACGAGGCCAAAUAUCCACAUUGUGAUUGUUACAUUGUUAUUUUGUGUAAUAUUUAUCGAACGGUACAGAUAGUAUUCAACCUGUAUGUAUUUUAAAAUAGUUAUAUAAUAUAAGUAACAAUUUUAAGCCCGCAAUGUAUCCACAUAUGUACUUUCAUAUGUAUGCAUGCAUAAAUAAUCAUUCUGAUGUUGCGACGUCUUCUGUUUAACAUGGCUCUCAGUUGGUUAAAAUACUUUGGGUUUUUAUCAGAAAAUACUUCUUUGAAUUCUGUUGUAAUAUGUUGAGCCAAUUCAAUAUGCAUUAUAUUCGUCGAAUCCGUAUUAAAAAAAGAAAUUUAAAUUACUUUGAGAAAAUAUUAUAUAUAUAUAUAUGCGUUUAUAAUAUUGUAAAAUUUCUCACCUAAUCACAAUUAUUUAAUUUUUGAUAUGUAUAUCCACGUAACCUUGAAGUUUUACAUGGCUUCUGUCACUAUUUGUAUUGUGCUUUUUAAUAUUCUUUAAAUUCAAUGUUAAUUCAAUGUAAAAUAUGUUGAAAAAAUAAAUUUUUUAAAA